AUGAGUGGGGCCAUAUUGGUGUAUAUUAUGUUGCACACGGCUUACAAAACCAUCAGCAGUCCCACUAGGGUUGUAAUGGAGAAGUUGAACUUAGGGUGCAGAACAACAUGUGACAUCCGUGCUUGUCACUGUUCACCGGUGGCUGAAUGCAUGUUUCUUCCUUUGCUUUCACUUUCCACAUUUCUCUCGAUAGUUUGUGCAGCUUUGUGUUUUCUGAGGAAAAUGGUUUUUGCCUUAUUGGAGUUGCCUGCGGGUGUGGGGCUCUUUAAGGUGGACGGCGACAAGCAAAAACUGAAGGCACUAUUAAGCUUCAAGAGUACUGCGGAUGCUCUUGCCACCACAACACAAGUUGUGAAUGGUGAGCUCGCGAAGCCCGUGCGCAAGUUCCUCAAGAAAAACUUUGUUGAGAAACAAAUAACGGAGGAAUUAGCAGUCGCCGAUGCAAAGCUCGCAAAAGCCAUAAAGGAUGCCCUCGCUAUUCAGUGCGUGCAUGGUGACGACACUUUGGCCACAUUCCGCGCCCUGCGCGCAAACCUUGACGACCUGCUCGAGGAUGUUUCAACAGAGCAACUCAACCAGACAGCACUAGGUCUCGCGCAUAAUUUGAACCGCUACAAGCUGAAAUUUUCCCCGGACAAGGUGGACAUGAUGGUGGUGCAAGCCGUAGCGCUGCUGGAGGAUUUGGACAAGGAGAUCAACAAAUAUGCGAUGCGAGCGCGUGAGUGGUACGGCUGGCACUUCCCUGAAUUGGCGAAGAUCGUCAAUGAUAAUAUACUUUAUGCGAAGAUUGUGUUGGCUGCGAAGACCCGCUUCAACGUCCGCGACACCGAUUUCUCUGACUUCCUUGAGGAGGAGUUGGAGCAGAAGGUAAAGGAUGCGGCGAUGGUGUCAAUGGGCACGGAGAUCGCUGAGGAGGACAUCGAGAACAUUUGCCGGCUUUGUAGCGAGGUUGUUGCGGCGUCGAAGUAUCGUGAGAGUCUUGCCGCGUACCUCAGCUCCCGCAUGCAAACAAUCGCUCCAAAUCUCACCACAAUGGUUGGUGAGCAGAUUGGCGCCCGGCUGAUUCAAAAGGCGGGUUCACUGCUAUCACUUGCGAAGUACCCCUCUUCCACCCUACAGAUCCUUGGUGCUGAGAAGGCACUCUUCCGUGCUCUCAAGCAACGGCAGGCAACGCCAAAAUACGGUAUUCUUUACAACGCUCAGGUGGUGGCAAAGGCGGCUGCCACCCACAAGGGCGCCAUGUCCCGCGUGCUUGCCGCAAAGGCCUCUCUUAGCGCCCGUAUUGACUCAUUUGGCGAGGGCGACAACUCUGCAGCACUGGAGUACCGCGGUAAAGUUGAGGAACGCCUUCGGCAGUUUGAAGAGGGUGUCACAUAUGGCCGUACGGGUAAUGUACGAGGCAGGGGUGGUGGUAUGCAGCUGCAACAGAAACGAGGACCUCCUAAUGGCAAUGGUGGGGGGGCUCCCUUCAAACGCCAACGGCUGGACGGCGGUGGGUUCAGGUAA